GGGGAGGCGGAGCUGCCGCUGGGUUUCAGCAGGAUGAACCGGUUCCGCCAGAGCCUGCCCCUGGCGCGCUCCGCCAGCCAGACCAAGCUGCGCUCCCCAGGGGUGCUGUUCCUGCAGUUUGGGGACGAGACGCGGCGGGUGCACAUCACGCACGAGAUCAGCAGCAUGGACACCCUGCACGCCCUCAUCGUGCACAUGUUCCCGCAGAAGCUCACCAUGGGCAUGCUCAAAUCCCCCAACACCGCCAUCCUCAUCAAGGACGAGUCCCGCAACGUUUUCUACGAGCUGGAGGAUGUCCGAGAUAUCCAGGAUAGAAGCAUCAUUAAAAUCUACCGGAAAGAGCCGCUCUACGCCUCGUUCCCGGCCUCGCACAUCAGCAACGGAGACCUGAGGCGGGACAUGGUCUACGCAUCCCGGGAAUCCUCUCCCACGCGCCGCCUCAACAACAUCUCCCCAGCCUCCCACCUGGCCUCGGGCUCCCCUCCUCCCGUGCUCCAGUCCUCGUCGCCAUCCCGCUCCCGCAUGUCCUACAGCGGCGCUCGCCCUCCCUCCUACGCCGGUAGCCCCGUCCACCACGGCGAGCGCCUGUCCAGCCUCCCCCCGGCGCCGGGCGUGUCGCCGAGCCCCAGCGCCAUCCUGGAGCGCCGCGAUGUGAAGCCGGACGAGGACCUGGCGGGCAAGAACGUGGUGCUGGUGAAGAACGAGGGGCUGUACGCCGAUCCCUACGGGAUGGUGCACGAAGGUCGGCUCAGCAUCACCUCCACGCAGUCGCUGGCGGGCAUGGGGGGCGACCCGUUUGGCUACUCCGGGGGGCUCUACAAGAGGGGCUCGGUGCGGUCGCUCAGCACCUACUCGGCGGCCGCGCUGCAGACGGAGCUGGAGGACGGUCUGUACAAACCCAACGCGCCCAUCUACAGCGACACGUACGGGCCCGGCUUGGGGUUCCGAAUGCCGCCCUCGUCCCCGCAGAAGUUGGUGGAGCCCGGGCAGAGCCCGCACAGCCCCUACUCGGGCCCACCCAGCCGCUCCUCGCCUGUCCGGCAGUCCUUCCGCAAGGAUUCCUGCUCUUCGGUCUUCAUGGACGGCCCCGUGGGCAAAACGCGCAAUCCCAGCUCGUCCGGGCCCCCCGAGCUCUUCCCCGGCCCCGGCCAAGAGCGGCCGCUCUCGGGGUUCGGUUCGCCCGGUCCAGCCAAGGACACGGAGACCAGGGAGCGGAUGGAGGCCAUGGAGAAGCAAAUCGCCAGCCUGACGGGGCUGGUGCAGAGCGCGCUGCUCCGCGGCUCCGAGGCUGAGACCCCCAGCGAGAAGACAGAAGCCACCAACGGCGGGACCCCCCCGUCAGCCCCCCUCACAGCCACCAGCCGCAGUGGCAUGGGGACACCGGUGCCAGCGCCGCCACCGCCCUCGGCCACCAGCACCCCCGCGGGGCAGCCCACGGCCGUGAGCCGCCUGCACAUGCAGCUGCACCUGCACGACCUGCAGCAGAACGCCAGCGACCUGCGCAACCAGCUGCAGCAGCUCAGGAAACUGCAGCUGCAGAACCAGGAGGCGGUGAAGACGCUGCUGCGGCGGACGGAGACGGAGAUCAGCGUGCGGGUGACGGACACGAUGCGCAAGCACGAGGAUCCUCUGCAGCGCCAGCGCAGCUUGGUGGAGGAGGAGCGGCUCCGCUACCUCAACGAGGAGGAGCUCAUCACCCAGCAGCUCAGGUCUCAGUUCCCCAGCCUGCAGAGCAAGAUGCGCGUGGUGCUGCGGGUGGAGGUCGAGGCCGUGAAGUUCCUCAAGGAGGAGCCGAACCGCCUGGACGGGCUCCUCAAGCGCUGCAAGAGCGUCACCGACACCCUGGCACAGAUCCGCAGGCAAGUGGACGAGGGCGUGUGGAGCUCGCCCAGCAGCCUGAGCCAGUCGCCCAAGAAGGUGGCACCGGAGACGGAUUUCAGCAAAGGGCUGGAGCUGGAGAUGCCCACCAGCCCCCCCGUGAGCCUGCACCACCUGACGGGCACCCCCGAACCCCUGGGGUGCGGGCACAGCCCCCCCCAGCCCCAAAGCCACCCUGGCAAGAGCAAUAAUCCCUCACGAGCCCCCGAGAUGGUGCCGGCAAAGACCCAGACGGCGCCUGAGACCCCCAGCAAGAAAAGCGCGGAUAAAGCGGUGUCCGUGGAGCCCCCUGAGACGCAGGCCGAGCUGAUGAAAGCCAUCCCCGACCUGGAAUUCGCCGCCAAGCACAAACCAACCCCCAGCGCCGCCUCCACGCCCGAGCACAAACCCUCCAAGGCACAGCACGCCCCCAAAUCGGGGGGCAAAGGGGACCCCAAUGGGCGCCGGGGCUCAGAUGGAAGUGACAAUGCCAUUCUCCUUGGUGACAUCCCCAAAAAUGUCAUGGGGAGGUGA